AUUUACACAAAAUGUCUUCUAAAGAGAUCAUGGUAGAGUCUGUUGAGGUCAAGAGCAAGCAAGACAAAGUCAAAGCUUCUACUAUUGACAAAAUCAAUAAGAGCACUAAUGAUACCAUAUUUGCUAUCAAUGAGAGGGACGACCCAUCUCCAAUAGUGAAUUUGCACUUUAAGAGCGCUACUGAGUCGAGCCCUGUGAGAAGAUCUAAGGGUGUGAAUUCUAAGGCAAGUCAUUACACAAUUUCUUGCAAGAGAAGAAAAAGAAAGUUCUCACCGAUGAUGACUCCUUGCGGGUCAUCAUCGCGAAGGAGUCCUUCCAAGUUUAAGACUCUCUCAAGGACUUUUAUGAAUUUCUCGCAGAAAAGUAGGAAAGAAUAUUUCUUUGGGAGGGACAGCAUGAACUCAAAGAAUAUUAAUGAGCCUGCUUUUAGCUUUGGCUCUAGUAAAAAGAAUAAUUUACAGAUUGUGAAUAAGGUUGAUAUGAAUGAAAUCAGAGGCAAAGACUCUCCAGGUGUUGGCAGAUACUCUUUUAAUAAUUACUCACUAUCUCAUAGUGUGAUGAGGGAGAGAGGAUUUGCUAAGGUCAGUGAAAGGAGAUUUGAGGAACAGAGAAUUAGGGUGAAAAAUAAUAAGGAUACGGCGCAUACUUUGAUGCCAGAACAAUUCCCACCUAUUAUUGAUGGAACUCUGAGAAAACGAGCUGGUCGUAAAUCGAUUAGUCAAGAGAAGACUUACUCCAACCUCAUAUAUAACAAUUUCACACAAGGAAAGCAAUGCAACUUUACCAAGGCUGAGAGGUUCAAUGUACCUUGAUCCUUUAUAAAUAAUAUGGGUGGCAACUCUAUAUACAUUCCUACCAAUGAUGUGCCUGGGCCGAACAACUUUGAGAUGUUGUGGGCCAAAUAUAGGUACAAGAAGAUAAAGCCCAAGAGAAAUAUUCAAAACAAGCUAAAGAGCAUGGCUCGGGUUCAGUAAUUUCGUAGUUGUGAAGUCCAAUACCCAAGAUCUUGAUGAACGACGGUGACUAGCUUUUAUACCUCAAAGAACUAAAGGCUUCAGGAAAGUGUAGGGUUUAAAUAAGAAAUUUUUUAGUAAUUAAGAUCUUUAAUGCCUC